GCGCAGCGGAGAGCUUCAGUCCCAGCGAGCUGUCUGAGUGGAAGGACGCACUUUCCUCUGCGCUCCUGAAGGAAACAAACGCCUGGACAGUAGCACACAUCACCACCCACGCACACUCAGAACACAAACACACAGUAGAGGACACCAUCUGAGAAGAUUUGCUGGGGAGUGAAGGAUUCCGGGGAUUUUUACGCAAGUCAUGACAUUUGUUUGGAAAGUACACGCUCUGUUGGAGACAACUAAUUCACAAAGAUGAGACUCCGAAGUGCGGAUCGACAGCAUCCAGCGGUUCUCUGGUCCUCUCAGGUGGGACAAAGUCCGGGAAGCUGCCACGCGUCUCCCCCUCCAACAGAGCCAUACGGGUCUCUCCGGUCACCUUCUCAAAUGAUGUCUCGUGGCGACGUGCGCCAGCGUGCGUGUGAGUGACCGGCCGAUAGUGUUUCUUUGAGAGAGAGGAAAGGAGGCUGGAUAGAAACAGCAGCCCGGAUCUCAGGCAGCGACACCCAGACACCCAGAGCAGCCGUCUCUCCUCCCUCCCAGCUCCUCAGACCCAUGCAGGAUGCCCGGAGAGCGCCGGGGAGUCCUGGUCCAGCUCAGCCCGAGUUCAUGACGCUCUGGGCGGCCUCGUCAUGCGUCUCUUGCCCGAGCCCAGCGCACAGUCCCUCCGACUCCUCUUCCUCUUUAUCUUCGUGAUGGGGGUGGCCCCUUCCCCGGCUCUCACAGCCGGCUGCCCGGACAGAUGCGUGUGCGACGACCAGCUGGUGGUCCAGUGCGCCGGGCAGGAUCUCACCCAGUUCCCCAACGACCUGCCGCUGGCCACCCGGCAGCUCAUCAUCUCCAACAACCGCAUCGGGGACCUGCCGGCGCUGCAGCUCAACUACCUGUCCGAUCUGGUCUAUCUGGAUUGUAGCAACAACUCUCUGACUGAGAUCUCCGAGUCCACCUUCGGGAACUUGCGGAAACUCGCCUACCUGGACUUGUCAUUCAACACCCUGCUGCAGAUCGAGGACCGGACUUUCGGGCCACUGGCGUCUCUGGUGAUGCUCCGGCUGACGGAUAACCCGAGUCUGGGGGAGAUCCAUCCGGACGCUUUCUCGGAGAACAUGGCUCUGCAGGUGCUGGAUGUGAGUCGGAACAAUCUGACGGCCCUGAACAUCAGCAGCCUGAUCGCCCUGCCGGCUCUGCGCUCUCUGGGGCUCAGCGGAAACCCCUGGAGGUGCGACUGUGACACGGAGGACCUCUGCCUCUGGGUGCAGAUAGAGGGGUUCAAGUUCCAAGAUGAAGGCCAGACGGUUUGCCACAAUCCCCCGGAGCUGGCGGGCCAGCGGCUGGCGGAGGUGGGCAUGCAGCUGCGGGCGGACUGCCACCAGGGCCUGGGCUACUGGGACUACCUCUUCUUCAUUGCCAUCGGCUUCGUCAUCUUCUCGGCCGGCACGGUGUCGGCCUGGGUAAUGGGCGUGCUCAUGGUGCUGUACGAGCGCUACAGCAAGCGGAAGAGCGAGGAGCUGGACAGCGAUGACGAGGACGAUAGGGGAGGGAUGGGAGGUGGAGGUGGAGGUGGAGGCGGAGGGAACCAGGGUAACGGAGAUCUAAGCAAGCCUGGCAUGCAGGUGUGACGGACUGAUGUGGAAGGAUGGAUAUCACUAAAGACAAGGGAAGGAAGGAAGGAAGGAAGGAAGGAAGGAGCAGAAGCGAUGAGGAGGAGACCAAAGGCUCCGCUACGAACAAAGAUCUGCCUGUCUCUCUUUGUUACAGAUUGAGAUAUUUGCAAUGUGCUCCGUAACAUAUUGGAAAGCGAGUGUGUGUGAGUGUGAGAGUGUGUGUGAAGAGAGACAGACAGAGACAGCAAUAAGGAUGCUUUCACUUCAGGAGAACAGAAUGACCUCUGAGAUUAUUGCGAGCAAUAACACCCCCCCACACAACCACACACACACUCACACACAACCACACACACACACACACACAUGUUCAGCUUAACCACUCGAGAGUCUACGGAGCUGCUGGUUUCUCUGAGUGGGUGGACAUACCUGCAUACUGUGUGAAGUGCUCUUGAGUAACACCCUGUAAAUGAUGAUCAUGACGAGAAACAAACACACACACAGCUCAUCCAUACAAAGCACAUCAGAAGGUGUUAAGGGGGUCACAAAGAGAGUGAUGCCUUAUCUCUGCUGCAGUUAAAAGGUGAAACUAGUGUUAAAAUGUGAGUUUCCUGAAUGCCUUAAGGCACCUGAAGCAGUCAUUAGUCACUGUUGUCUCCUAUCGACAGAGUUUGUCUAGAGAAAGCAAAAACACGAGCAGAUAGGACACAUUAAAGUGAAUGUACAAACCUAGAAUGAAGUAGAAUUCACAGGAAGUUAACGAAUAUAACCAGUUCUGGGACUUGGCAGUCAAAGUGAACUGGACUUUUUAAAUUAAAAGGCACCCUGUGGAGUUUUCCAACAAGUGAUGCAGGUUUUCAAUUAUUUGAGAAAAACAGCACGUUUUAAGUGUUUAUGCCUCGAGGAUGUGAGCAAAUGACUUUAAUAUCAUAAACUCUGAAUGUAAUCAUAACUGUUCUUUGCUGACAACAAAACUCCGCAGGGUUCCUUUACAAAGCCACCAACACAAUCCUGUUUUUGUCGACCUUUGCUGUGUUUGACCUUCAUACAUGAUGCAGUGUAAAUCUACACAUAACGACACCCAUCAGUAGAUUUGUGUUCCACACAGCGGCGCUAAUUUGUGGCGGAGUUUGGAAGGCGGACAUUAGGAGUCAUGCUGGGUUCUCAUCAGUAAUCAAGGAGACCGAUAACAGAGAUUUGGAACCGAUAUACGUUUGCAGAUCCUAGGAUCAGAACUUAGAAUGACAAAAACUCCAACACAAAACUGUUUAUGUUCAUCUAAGAUUUCUAUAGGUUUUUUUUUUUUUUUUUUAAAAAGGCUUUUUGCCAUUAAACUCUGGUGUUGAUUGGCAGCUACCUGAGAUGUGUAACUAAUCAGAUUGCACACAUCGGCUACAGACAGAGAGAGGAAUCUGCAUCAGAGCCUAGCUAGCACUUUUUCUAAUUAAUUUUAUUUACUGGGGAUCAAGUUUAAAAGAAUACCGAUAAUGGGAAGUAGAUCAGUCUCCUAACUGAUUCACCUACACAGAAAAAUAAGGCCAAAAAGAACUACUGAUACCUGCUGAGUUACUCUUAAAGGUCAAUCCAGUGCAGAGACGGGCAGAAGUCGACUCAUAGUGACACUAAGCGACUCCAUCAUGUCUCCUGUUUACUGUCUCCAUGUUUCGGUGUCUGUAUGGUUUGUGGUUGCAGUAGUUGCUCACUGUGAUCUCCAACCUGCUGUAGCUGUAGAAGUGGGGCAGGUUCAUGGAGACGGCGUCAGGCUGACAGAAUAUCUCUAAUGAUGACCCGACAUUAUGCGACUGGACGCUUCACUCAGCUCAUGUUACAGGCGCCAGUCUAUAACCCGACUGUCAGCGAGGCCCCUGGAGUAGUCGUAGUAGUAGCAGUGUUCAUGUAUGCGUGACUGUGUGUGUUUAAGUGGGGCAGAGCGAUCGCAGAGCAUCUCUGUGAGCUGCAUGGAUGAGUGAUUCAUGAGCGCAGACCGAUCCAAAGCCAUCCUCCUCCAUCCUGCUCCGCUUCCGGCCCGUCCGUCCGUCACAGGGCGGAGAUGAUGAACGGCUGGGUGGAGGCGGGGCGGAGAACGAGCCGGGGGGGUCACCAUCAGAAGCAGGAAUUCAUCCUGAUUGAUAGACUCGGCAGCUUUAUUGAGACCGAUUGAAAGCCGGGCUUUUAUUCAUGUUCCGUGCUGAGUGGAUCCAAAUGCCCUGGAUGAAUGGGCACGGUUCAAUGAUGACUCUCCUAAGGGCUUGGCAGCGCGUGUCACUGUGUGUGCGCUUGUGUGUGCGUGUGUGUGUUUAUGGUGUUUGUGGCUCUGAUCACGACAGUUUAUCUUAAAGGUUAAUGCACGAGUGACAGCAGCUUUUUGUUUUUACUAUGGAAGGUUAAAUUGUAAUCAAAAUCAGUAACAUGGGAGCUCCUUCUCAGACACUUCCUUCCUUCGCUCAAAAGCAGGAAUCAGCUCAUGCACACACACACACACACACACACACACACACACACACACACACACACACGCAAUAAAUCUCAAGGGCACAGCUAAAGUCAGAGCCGCAGGCCUGGGAACAUUAACACUCCUGUUUUGGUCUCUCUUGCCAUGCAUGACUACAUCCUCUUAUCCUCCCCUCCAUCCUCAAUCCGACACUGUCAUCAGCCUUCACACAAUGCCAGCACACGCUCAGACACACACACCUGCACCUAUAAUUCAUCUGAUAAAUCUUCAGCCUGUCAUUAUCAGAUCAUUUAUUCAAAGGGAAGCUUAGGAGGCUUUAGCGGACCUGCAGAUUGGCCGCGUCUGUGCUUCUUGUGUUACAUCACAUUCGCAGAAAGACGUUUGUCCUAUGAGAGGCGGCAUACCUGCACAUGUCCUUAAAUGCAACGCUUCCUGUUUGGAAGCUGUUUGGCUGGAGUGAAUGUCAGUUUUGUGCUGCUGAUAAAUAUAGAGCUGUUUAGCAAACAGAAAAUGUGAGUCCUUUAUCAGCAGCAGGUCAGAGGACAGGAGAGUCAGUCAGUGUGCCAAAAAGAUGAGAGGAGUGAGUUGGUGAGGCGACAUGCUGGUGUUAACAGGACGGAGUAAAAAUACCGCUGGUCUAAGAAGAAGAGGGCUUUUGUGUUUGUGCACAUGUGUAGGCUCAGUCAAAGGGUGUAAUCAGCAGCGGGGAGGUGGAGGUUUGCUGGUGAAAAAAGGGACUUUUUGCAGAGGAUCUGAUGUGAUUUUUUUGUGAGUCUUGCUGCUAUUGGAUUUGGAGGAAAGUGUAAGGUUUCAGCGGCUGCGGAGUUCCAAAAAAUCGACAUGAAAAUCAUUGCCGAGGGCGACGUUCUGGAUGCAGCCGAUCCAAGCAAGUGAUGAAUGAGAGGGAGGGGCUGCUUUGUAACUUCUGCCCUCCUCUCGUCAUCACAACACUCACUGUGUGUGUGUGUGUGUGUGUGUGUGUGUGUGUGUGUGUGUGUGUGUGUGUGUGUGAGUCUGGAACAGUCACACUUUACUGCACAGAGGAAGAAAACAUCAUUAGCCUGCUGAUCAGAAAUCAAAGGUUGUGCGGUGGCUCACUGUUAAAGCUGCAGGACCAGUUCUUCAGUCGCUGUUUGUGUGUGUGUUCGUUUCUAAUAUAAGAUUCCUGAUGCGCCUACUGAUAGACAUUAUUUUAUGUCUUUUCUUUUAGAUUUCCCUUUAGAUUUAGUACAUCAUGAAUCAUGAGCAAUAAAGAACUUAAGGAUGAAGGACAGAUAAAAAAGUAGUUUUCUAAGAUUUCUUUAUUUUUUAAUACUGAAAGAAAUCACCUGAAUUCUUGUGCUGUAAUUAAACAGGAAUUCUUACAUGAAUAAAAAAGUACUCAGUAAAAUAUUGUAAGAAUUUUGAUAUCACAAAUGCGGGCACUCUUUUGAUUGUCUCAAAACACUUUUCUGUUAUACAUGCAUUUGUGCUGGAUGUUAGCAGCUGCUUUCAGAUUUUCAUAUAGACUAUGCCCCUUUUUUGAUGCUGUUUAUCGCUGAUUAUAUUUACAGACCAAUCACUCACAGCAUUUAAACCACCUGCCUAAUAUUGUGCAGCUCUUCCGCAUGCCACCAAAAACAGCUCUGACCUCCAGGGGUGUCAUGUGGGAAGUGUCAAUGGAUCCUGGAGGUUUGUGGAAGGGCUCCUCCAUGACUCGUGCUUGUUCGAUGCCUCCUUGCAUGCUCAAGUGAUUUGGUGUCUGGGGAGUUUGGAGGCCAAUUCUAUGUUUCUGUAGUGUGGAAAUGGGCAUUGUCCUGCUGGGGAGGCCACUGGGAGUGCUGUUGCUAUGGGGCAUGUACAACGUCUGCAGCAAUGUUUAUGUGGGUGGUGCUGUACAUUUGAAAGCAGCAUCCACAUGAACGCCAGGACUUAAGGUUUCCCAGCAGAACGUUUCAUUGUAAUAAGACAGUCAGUGAUAUUCACUUGACCUGUCAGUGGUUUUAAUGUUGGGACUGAUGGCCGUGUCCUGUAACUGGCGUGUGGAAGUUUUUUGUUGAUAGUGGCAGAGUUCACCAUUCACAUGCUAGAGUCAGUCUGCACCUAAUUUUACGCUUUCAACAUUAUCUCACUGAUAUUAGCUUCUGUGUUAAGUGUUCUGCCUGUUUUAACCUUCAUGUCGUCCUGCGGGUCAAAUUGACCCGUUUUAAAGUUUGAAAAUGUGGAAAAAAAAUAUUUUUAUGUCCACAUUUUAAACAUUUUUGAGAAUUUUUUUUUUUUGAACAUUUUUUGGUUGAAAAAAGAAAUAUAAAAAAAGUUUCUUUAUGAAUAUUCACAAAAAAAUCAACUUUUUUGAGAAUGUUCUUAAAGAAAAUAUAGGAAAUUUUACUGAUAUAUACGUAAUCACUUUAGAUAUUUUUAGAUUUUUUUUGGAAGAUUUUUUAGUCAUUUUUUGAAAAUAUUUACAAGAAUUUUCUUGCCAAAUUUGGGGGAUUUUUUUUUUUUUUAAUAAAGCUUUUAAGGAAUUAUUGAAAUUUUCUUCCUGAAGGUUUUGCAAAUUUCAGAAAUUUGGGGAAUUUUUUUGCUGAAUUUUUGGACUUUUUUUCAAACAACAAAACAAUAUUUUUUGGUGCUGGUAAAUAAAGACAACAGGAGGGUUAAGUUACAGCUAAUUUAAUAUUACUUACAGGAUGUAGACUUGGGGCAUUAGUCUGUCAUAUUAGCCUGGCUUUUCACGCAGCUUUCUCCUCCCUCUUCUCUAUUUGUGGUACAAAAUCCAUGGGAAACAACGACAGCCACUGAGCAGCAAGACAGACCUGCUCGGUUCAUUUGGUGAAUUCGCUAUUUUAAUGACAGUGCUUGCCUCCCUGUGUGUAAAUGUUCCACUGAAACAUUACUAUUUUGCAGGGACAACAUUGGUGAACUCCAUGUUUUGGACCACCCAAGACAACUGGUUUAAAGGAGUGCUAGUCUGACUCCCUGGAUGUUGGAUGUGGGUUUAAGCCUGACAUUGCUUUGUCCUCUCCUUCUGCUAUCUGUGUGUCACCAAUUUCUUCGCUAGCAACCUACUGCGCUGACAAUUUCAAGUUUUGCCCGGGAUUUAGAUCGUACAUUUAGGCAGAAAUGCUAUUCUUUUAAAAAGAGGAUUAUCCAUUUCAAUGACAGCGCUAGUCACAGUGAUCCCAACGUUUGAGGAAACAUAGAAGCUGCACACUUCGCUUAGUUUUGCCCACAAUGACUGCGUUUGGUUUAAAGAAAUACAAACAAGCCACAGUAUUUUCCCCCCAUAUAGCAGCCUGUUGAGGUGCAGUCAGACCAUUAUGUUCUACAGAAUGGACUGGCAAACCAAGACGAAAGAAGUAAAGAUGAGCGUUUCUGUUUGUCCUCUUGCUGUAGCAGAAUAAUGAUAAGGUGCAGUCAGACCAUUCUGCAGUGCUGUGGGGAUAAGUCUGGCCAUGAAACACUUCCAACUGCUGCUGCAUCAAGUUUUAAAAGCACUCACCUGGUAAAAUCCCUGCUAGUGAAGGAUGCAAUUAUUGUUGAGCAACAAAA